CUCGUCGUAUGCCUCCUUGGUUUGGAUGGCAUUGUAGAGCUUCCUCGCCUUGGUCAGCACUGCUUGGGGGGGUGGAUGGCCAGCUGUGGUGCAGGCGGCAUCGGCUGUGCAGUCCUCCAUUGCCUCACACUGCAAAGACCAACAUACACACAAUGUGCAGACUGGUCCACGGCUGCUCUCUGCCGUCCUUCUGACCUAGUCAGUGCUCGGCGGCCCUUCACUUUGGUCCCGCCCUCCGGCUGCUGUCCGGUGCAGAUGUCACAGCUCACAUCUGCAGAAUCAAAGACACCACGAAAUCAGAUUGGAUCAGGGCUGCCCGUGGAUGCUUUCUGGUCCCCGCUCAUGGCUGCUCACUCACCGACAGAGAUCUCCUCCACAGGCCGCGAGAUGGACCGCAGCUGGCAAGGCACUCAACACCGAAAGAGAAUACAACACGCCUCUGCAGAGGUCUUGGCGGCUCACGGGAAGGACAUCUCCAUCGCCAGCUUCCGAAAACGCCUUCACUUCCUCCCCUUUCAAGCUCACAUCCAUCCUAGGCCCUUUUCGUCGCUUCCAGCGCUUGUGAUGCCUUCCAUAGGGCAGCUGGAGCCCCAUCAGACACAAACUGAUGGUUUCAACUCAUCGCUGAGGCCCAUCGCAGGGCAUCAUGGCGGCUGUGACGGUGAAGUGAGCAAUACAAUGAAAGAGAGGGAAUGAUGACUGAUCAAUCAAGAGGUGCUCUGUGUUCGGUUUGUCUGACAAACAGGUCGGUAGCAUGAAAUGGCCGCAGCAGAGAG